AUGGGAUGUGAUUGUGAUUGUGUGAAUGGGAAGGGGAAAUGGGAGCUUUUGGUGGCUCCUGCGGCGGAUGUGAAGUUAUUUAUAAGGGACAGGUUGCUAGGGUUUGUAAAAGAGAAGGAGCGAACGCGCGUUUUGAGUUUGACUCCUUCAAGUGGGUUGGCCAAUCAUCACCGUCGGAUCAAAGAUGGUUUUGAUUGUCAAAUAGUCGACGACAUCCCUAGGGCUUGCCACCUUAGCCAUGGCCCCAUCCUUACUGCUAACAUGGACCGGUUUCGCCCGUUGUUCAAUGCGUCGCCGAGGUCGAAUUUUCUUGUUGUUCAUAGAGAAGACGUAGCAAACGGCGGCGGCUUGUUGAUUAAGCUUCAGCAUAUAUAUAGAGAGAGGAAUGCUGUGGCGGAUUGUUUGGCUACUUGGAGUCACAACUUGAAUAUGGGCUGCUGCUUUUUCGAGGAGAGUCCUGGGGUUUGUGCUCUUCCUCGUGGAACUGAGAGGAAGCAUCGUAAGGGAUAUGAGGAGGUCAUUCCCCCAACACCAACAGCACAAAUGAAAACCUGGGGAAAAGCUGGUGAUGAAUUCUCACAAGCUGCUUUUCGUGGACAUAAUUCUCUGAACCGUAUUCAGAGCUGCAUAUUUCAUACUAUUUAUUACACUAAUGAAAAUAUACUAGUCUGUGCUCCAGCAGGAGCUGGCAAAACAAACAUAGCUAUGAUUUCUAUUCUACAUGAGGCAUUAGCUGCAGAAGUUACAUCAACUUUUAGCCAUCGCUUAUCUCCAUUGAAUAUGGCUGAGAGAACUUACUGGAGACAUGCAACUUUCUAA